GAUGAGGAACACAACCGGAUCAAUUAUGACAUCUAUGUGACGCCGAUUAUGAUCAGCACGGGCAGUGAUAACCGGUUUCGUGCAAAAAACCCACUCCUGGCGUGGCUAUCAACCGUGCUUAACUACCGGCCACCAAGCUUCGGUGUGGAAACGCCGGUCAGUUCGACACCGAAGCCGCCACCACGUGACUGCUCGGAGUGUUCUUGCGGCCGAGGCAAGACGGGUUCGAGAAUCGUGGGUGGAGAUGCGGCCGACGUGAAAGAAUAUCCCUGGAUAGUGAUGCUGCUGUACCGGGGUGCGUUUUACUGUGGCGGAUCCUUGAUCAACGAUCGCUACAUCGUGACCGCGGCACACUGUGUGCUUAGCUUCACGCCCCAGCAGCUGUUGGCGAAGCUGUACGAUGUGGAGCACGCGCAGAUGGUCACACGCACCAUCGUGAAACUGUACGGUCACGAACGGUUUAGUCUGGACACGUUUAACAAUGACAUUGCGUUGGUCAAAUUGCAGCAUCCGGUUGAUGCCGGUGGGAGCUUCGUUCCGAUCUGUCUUCCUAGCAAUGGGAGAAGCUUCGCUGGACAGAACGGAACGGUGAUCGGUUGGGGAAAGCUUGGUAACGGCAGUCUUUCGCAGGGUUUGCAGAAAGCUGUGGUACCGAUCAUUUCUAAUCUGCAAUGUCGAAAGUCCAGCUAUCGUGCUUCACGCAUUACGGACAACAUGCUCUGCGCAGGAUACACUGAAGGAGGACGGGACGCAUGUCAGGGUGACAGCGGAGGACCGCUAAACGUUGGGGAUAGCGAUUUCCGCCAGCUUGUCGGCAUAGUGUCGUGGGGCGAGGGAUGCGCCCGUCCCAACUAUCCCGGUGUCUAUACACGGGUGACGCGUUACCUGAGCUGGAUUAGAUCUAAUACUAGAGAUGCGUGCAGUUGUGAGCGUUUUGCGGCAAUGGCGUUCCGUUCGGUGCUGUUCCUGAUCGUACUGUGUGUGGUGUUGGAUUGUUCGCUUCCUGAUGUGAUGGCCAGCGAGCACAAUAGCACUAUCCAUGUAGCGGACUUUACCAGUGAAAAUCUAACCGCCCCGGGAAGGUUUGCGUGGAACGAUAGCUUAAUGAUAGAUCCGAACGGGUUCAUCGGUAAGGCACCGUUGCUGAAUGGUGGUGUGUGGACAUGGAUCACGACCGUCUUCGGUAUGCCGGUCUUUAGUGUUUUUGCCUUGUGGUACGAACAAAACAACUCCAAGAUUGUCGGAGGUCAUGAAGCCGAGAUUGGGCGGUAUCCAUGGAUGGCCGCAUUGUACUACAACAACCGGUUCAUCUGCGGUGGUUCCCUGAUAAACGAUCGCUAUGUCCUGACAGCGGCUCACUGUGUGUUUGGUAGCGAUCGGUCGCGAUUUCUCGUGAAGUUGUUGAUGCACGAUCGUACCGUACCGAAGGAAGAUUCCUUCGAGCGUAAGGUGUCCUACAUAAUGACCAACUGGUUCUUGAACGUGCUAGUCUUCAUUACCAACGACGUUGCGCUGCUGAAGCUGAGUGAACCGGUUCCGCUGGGUGACACGAUUGUGCCGGUGUGUCUACCACCGGAAGGCAACACGUACGCAGGGCAGGAGGGUAUCGUAACAGGCUGGGGUAAGCUGGGCGAUGGAACGUUCCCGAUGCGGCUGCAGGAAGUGCACGUCCCGAUUCUGGCCAACGAGGACUGUCACAAUCAGACCCGAUACUUCCGGUUCCAGAUCAAUGAUCGCAUGAUGUGUGCUGGGAUCCCCGAGGGUGGCAAGGACUCGUGUCAGGGCGAUAGUGGAGGUCCGAUGCACGUGUUCGAUGCUGAAGCAAACCGAUUCGUGAUUGCUGGUGUCGUUUCGUGGGGUUUCGGAUGUGCACAGCCUCGCUUUCCUGGUAUAUACGCACGAGUAAACCGAUUCAUUUCGUGGAUCAACUUCAAUACUCGGGACGCGUUGUGUGGUGUUGGAGGACGCACCAAUCGAAUCGUCGGUGGUUCCGAAACCACUGCGCAUCAGUUUCCAUGGUUGGCCGGUCUCUUCCGACAGGGCAAGCUGUACUGUGGAGCAUCGGUCGUUUCCCGGAACUUUCUAGUCACGGCAGCACACUGUGUGAACUCGUUCGAACCAAGCGAGAUAAGGGUCUACCUCGGAGGGCACAACAUCGCCAAGGAUUACACCGAACUUCGUCGCGUGAAGCGAAUUAUCGACCACGAGGACUUUGAUAUCUUCACGUUCAACAACGACAUUGCGCUACUCGAACUGGACAAACCGCUACGCUAUGGGCCCACCAUUCAGCCAGCCUGCCUCCCGGACGGAAGUGUAAUGGAUUUCACCGGAACCGUCGGUGUGGUCGCCGGUUGGGGUAGGAUCGAAGAGAAGCGUGCUCCCUCCAAAACGCUACGAUCGGUCGAGGUGCCCAUCUGGUCGCAGGAACAGUGUUUGGACGCUGGUUAUGGAAGUAAGAAAAUCUCCGCAAACAUGAUGUGUGCUGGUUACCACGAUGGCCAAAAGGAUGCCUGCCAAGGUGAUAGCGGUGGUCCGAUGCACAAGAUGGGCCUGUUCGGUAGCAUGGAAGUGAUUGGCGUGGUGUCGUGGGGCCGCGGAUGUGCUCGCCCGAAUCUGCCUGGAAUUUAUACGCGCAUCGUUAACUACUUGCCAUGGAUUCACGAGAAGCUUGCCAAUGAAUUAUUUGUAGGAAAUGUGCACAAAGUAGAGGGAGGCACUCGUUGGAAUGAUACGGAACUUAUCAGUCGAAAUGGACGGUUUCUGUUCGAUACUUUGUUUGGGCUGAACACGGCAGCUUUUUCGCUUGAUGAUGACGACGACCUGACCAACAAUCAGGUGAAAAGCUGUGACUGUGAGUGUGGAGCAGCCAAUCAGGAAAUUCGAAUAGUUGGAGGACGUCCGACAGGAGUCAAUCAAUAUCCUUGGCUGGCACGGCUAGUGUACGACGGUCAGUUCCAUUGUGGAGCAUCACUUCUAACGAGAGAUUAUGUGUUAACAGCGGCACAUUGUGUUCGAAGAUUGAAACGCAAUAAGAUACGUGUAAUCCUAGGUGAUUACGAUCAAUUCGUAGCAUCUGAGACGCCUGCGAUCAUGCGAGCGGUCACUGCGAUCAUACGUCACCGAAGCUUCGAUCAAAACUCCUAUAACCACGAUAUUGCUCUGCUGAAGUUGCGCAAGCCCGUUGACUUUACCAAAACCAUUCGGCCGGUCUGUUUGCCCAAGGAACGCAGCGAACCCGCCGGUCAGCUGGGCACGGUCGUCGGCUGGGGAAGGACCUCGGAAGGUGGUACACUGCCAGCGUUAGUGCAGCACGUGGAUGUUCCGAUCCUGACACUCGAUCAGUGUCGUAGCAUGAAGUAUCGUGCGUCUCGCAUAACCUCAAAUAUGUUGUGCGCCGGUAAAGGCAAACAGGACUCUUGCCAGGGUGAUUCCGGAGGUCCGCUACUGGUGCGAAACGGUGAUAAGCACGAAAUUGUUGGAAUCGUAUCGUGGGGUGUCGGAUGCGGCCGAGCAGGCUACCCCGGAGUGUAUACGCGAGUAGCGCGUUAUCUUCCCUGGCUGCGUGCUAACCUCGACGACACCUGUCUCUGCUCGAAGUGCAUGGAAGUAAGCAAUUUAGCACGGAAGCUAAUCAAUUUGCGCAUCAACGCGAUGCUGAUGGUGAUGUUGGUGGGGCUAACGGUGGUGCAGGAAGCCUCCGGAAAGUUGCUGGCUCAAGGCAAAUAUGAAAUGCUAGCGACAUCGAACAAGAACACGGACGAGCGGAGCAUAGUUGACAACAUGAAGAUGUUGUUUGGAGGGGGCAGUAAUCGGGCCCCUGCUCAUGACACACCUUCCAGUGCUUGUAGCUGUCGAUGUGGCGAACGGAACGAUGCUUCAAGGAUAGUCGGCGGCCAGGCGACGGGCGUGAACGAGUUUCCCUGGAUGGCGCGAUUAAGUUACUUCAAUCGAUUCUACUGUGGUGGCAUGCUCAUCAACGACCGAUACGUUCUAACGGCCGCGCACUGCGUUAAAGGCUUCAUGUGGUUCAUGAUCAAGGUGACGUUCGGUGAGCAUAACCGGUGCGACGACUCCGUACGGCCGGAAUCACGCUUCGUACUGCGAGCGAUCGCGCAAAAGUUUAGCUUCUUAAACUUCGACAACGACAUCGCGCUGCUGCGGUUGAACGAUCGCGUACCCAUAACGGACUUCAUUCGCCCGAUCUGCCUGCCAUCCGAUCCGAAUAACGCGUACGUCGGCACCAACGGGACAGCAACAGGUUGGGGCACAUUGAAGGAGGACGGCAAACCUUCCUGCAUCUUGCAGGAGGUUGAGGUACCGGUCCUGUCCAACGAAGUUUGCAGUACGCAAACUAACUACACAGCAUCCAUGAUCACGGACAACAUGAUGUGCGCCGGCUAUCUUGGAGUAGGCGAGAAAGACUCCUGUCAGGGAGAUUCCGGUGGUCCACUGAUCGCCGAACGGGAGGACAAACGUUACGAGCUUAUCGGAGUCGUUUCCUGGGGCAAUGGUUGCGCUCGCCCGUACUAUCCCGGUGUGUACACACGCGUGACACGCUACCUCGACUGGAUUCGCGAGAACUCCAAGGACGGAUGCUUCUGCAGUGAAUGA